AUGUUCGGGCUGAACCGUCAGUAUCUGUGGAGUGUGGUGCCGCUGUUCGGGUUCGGCGUCGGCUGGUUCCUCGACCGGAAGGAAACGGAACGCAUGACCAUGUUCCGCGACAAGAGUGCCCUGUACGGCCGCACGCUGAAGGAGGGCGAGAAGCCAUCGUGGCCUUAGGCGGGCAGCCGGAGAGCGAAAGAGAGCGAUUGAAGUACCCCCCUUCUAGAGAGCGAAAUACAUUGAUGUUGUGAACUCGGA